GAUCCUAGGUCACGGGGUCGGGGAGGGCGGCCGGCCAGUCGCGGCCUGGGCCUGGUGGAGGGUGAUGUGUUAUCUCUAGUGAAAUUUUAAGGUUACAAUAUCACUUAUUAUUUUUAUCGUUUUUAAGCAAAUAGUCAAAUAUGAAUUCAAUGGAGCAACUGCGAAGUGAGUAUCUUUACCCGGGCCUGGGUGUUCCGGACGGCCGCUACGGUGGCAGCGAUGCCAACGGCAACACCAACAACCUGGAGAUGUUUCAGAAGAUUAACCAGAUGCUGGAGAACUCGCUUGACCUCAGUAACCUGGGCGUUGGAGACGGAAAGCGACGGGGAACCUCCACCGGCGACACGCUGAACUGCCGGUCGGCCAGUCUGGAGGUGCGCCGCCGCUCCACACAGAGCAGCGACGCCUCGAUGGCGCUUGACAACUUGAUGAACAGCUACUCACCGGACAACGUGUUCAAGGACUCGUGCCGAACGCCCACCUCACGAACAUUGGACCUGGACGCCCAGCUGCAGGACCGCCACCUGAGCCAGCUGCUGUACAGCUUCUCGGGCAGCAGUCCCUCCCCGGCAGUGCGCGCCAUCCGCGGCUCGGGCUCCUCCUACAGCGGCGGACUCCCCGACACGGGCAGCCCGACGCUCGAGCAGGCCAUCCUGAUGGGCUGCCGCGACUUCCGCAGUCCGUCGCCCGACUCUGACACCAGCGGCGUCGGCACCAUCACCGGCAGCGAGGGCAGCAUGCUCUCUGAGCUCAUGAACAGCCUGAACCUGGGCUACAGCGGCGGUGGCGGUGGCAUGGGUGGCGGCGGCGGCGUCGUGGGCGGCGGCGGGGGCGUCGGCGGACUCCAGGUGCCCGGCGUGCCGGUCGGCCUGAAGUCGCUGCUGGCCCAGCGCAGGAGGCCGCUGCCGGCCGAGUUUGACCUGUCGCCGCCGCCGCUGCCGGCCGGCCCGACUCGCGACCAGCGCGCCAUCGAACAGGCGGCCAAACAGCACCGCAGCGCAGCCUCCGUGUACGACGCCACCUGCACGUGGUCCGGUCAGCUGCCCAAGAGGGUACACAGAAACCCAGUCUACUCUUGCAAGGUGUUCCUGGGCGGAGUGCCAUGGGACAUCACCGAAUCUGCCCUGGCAUUCGCCUUCAGGCCUUUCGGGCCGAUUCGGGUCGAGUGGCCUGGCAAGGACAGUAGCGGCAAUCCUCCCAAAGGCUACGUGUACGUACUGUUCGAGUCUGAAAAGCACGUCAAGGCCAUGCUUGAGGCCUGCACUUACGACUUGGGAAACAGUGGAAACUGCUACUUCAAGAUCUCGUCGAGGCGUAUGAGGUCCAAGGAGGUACAGGUGAUUCCGUGGGUAAUCGCGGACAGCAACUACGUGCGCUGUCCGUCGCAGCGGCUCGACUCGCGGAUGACGGUGUUCGUGGGCGCGCUGCACGGCAUGCUCACUGCCGAGGCCCUGGCGCACAUCAUGACCGACCUGUUCGGCGGCGUCGUCUACGCAGGCAUCGACACGGACAAGCACAAGUACCCGAUCGGGUCCGGCAGAGUGACGUUCAACAACCAAAAGUCCUUCAUGAAGGCGGUGGCCGCUGCAUUCGUCGAGAUCAAGGCGCUCAAGUUCACCAAAAAGGUACAGAUCGAUCCGUACCUGGAGGACUCGCUGUGCUCCGUGUGCGCCACGCAGCAGGGCCCCUACUUCUGCCGAGACCUAACGUGCUUCAAGUACUUCUGCCGCGUCUGCUGGACCUGGCGCCACUCAUCCGACGCGUUCCGCUCGCACAAGCCGCUGAUGCGCAACUCGCGCACCAGCGGCGGCGCCGCCCGCUAGCCGGUCCGUCCCGCCGGGGCCGGACGGCUGCAGGAGCCGCCGGGCCUGCCUGCCACUCACACGCCGCUGGCGCCGCCCGGCGGCCGGCGCGCCAACCACCGCCUGCGCCGCCGGCCGCGGGGCGGCGGCCGCCCGGCGCCCCGCCCUGCCCUGCACUGACCACCGGCCCCAGUGGCAGAUAGACUGCGACUAACUGACGCGGUUGGUUUUAUAACCAAAUUACCUUAUUUGUGUUCGUGCAGGAAGCUUUAUGUUUGCUGAUAUUUUGGGACGGGUGAUGCUACCGUGCGGUAGAUGUCACGGGAAAGGUUUAUUUGACAUGAAUGUCUACUAACCUAAAUAUUAUGCAAACAAAGCGAACUUGCAUCGAACGAUGCUCAAAUAAAAAAUAAAAAACCAAAAAAUACGAAAACAUUGUAUGAGGAUAUUGAGUGACAUGCUUUUAAGUUGUAUCUCAGAAUUGCUUUGUCUCAGGUAGUGUUUAUUUUACACCCUCCCCAGGCGUAGGCUAAGCUAUAUUUUAUGGAGAAAAACGGCCUGGCGAGAACCGGACAAGACUGUAGAUCAUGUUUAUUGAAACUUGUGCUUAUAUGUAUUUAUUUACUAUCUCUGUAGGCCUUUAACAACAACUCUAUUUCUUCGUGGUGACGUGUCUGUGACUUUGUAAAAUCGUGAAACGUUCGAAAUAAAGAUUCUGCAAGGGA